GGCCUUCCUGCGGGCCUUGGUGUGUAGCAUGUGGAGGCCCGGCACGGCCUGCGUUUUCUCCGCUGCUGCGCAAGCUGUAGCCCGCAGGGUGAACCAGGGCCCCGAGUGGCGGAAGGAGGCAGUGCGGCCCCUGAGGAGGGCGGCGGCGGCGGCUUCCUCGUUCCUUCACAGGCAGCCGGAUUCUCAUCAUCAUUCUGUAGACCAUGUUUUGAUGAUCAAAACCAAGAGCCUUCAGCUGAUAUGUUUAAGAAAUGUAGGGACACUCAAUGACAAGAGUUCAUUAGAUGAAACUACCUAUGAAAAACUUGCUGAAGAAACACUGGAGUCAUUAAUGGAUUUCUUUGAUGAUCUGGCUGACAAGCAUUUUAUUCCUGAAGAUUAUGAUGUCUCCUUUGGGACUGGAGUGCUAACAGUUAAAUUGGGUGGAAACAUGGGAACUUAUGUGAUCAACAAACAGACCCCGAACAAACAGAUAUGGCUGUCCUCUCCAACCAGUGGCCCCAAGCGUUACGACUGGACUGGGGAAAACUGGGUAUAUUCCCAUGAUGGAGUGUCCCUUCAUGAACUACUGGCAAAGGAACUUUCAGCUGCAUUAAAAACUAAAUUGGACUUAUCAACUUUAGCAUUUGCUGGAAGAAAACAUACUUGAUGACUCAAAGACUUUGAUCCAUGGGAUCUUUCCCUUUCUUCCUCUUUUUUCCCUCAACUUUCGACAUGUUCAUUUGAGUUGGAAUUCCAAAUACUAUUUGCUUUUAAAAGUCACUUUUGUUGUACAAGAACUGAAAAUAAUAUUUCUUCUGUAGCUUAA